AAAUGUUCUGAACUAAGAGAACAAACGUUUAGUUAAUAAAAUAAUGUGAAAUUAUUUAGAGAGGGUCAUAGAGCUGAGGUUUUUAGCCGCAUUUUGUUUGUUUACAGAAGCGAAGCAGCGACCCGGAAGUGCUUGGAUCUUGUUCCGGUUGCGCCCCCUGCUGGACAGGAAGCUCCAUAACACAAAAUACAAUAAUAAAUCGUGUGGUUUCAAUCGUGAGCACGUCAUUGGUUUUACCUGAGCAGGUGUCUCUUCCGCCUCCUGUUACAGGUAGGGUGGAGCUGCUUGUUUUUACCUGGACACACAGGAUGGAGGUUUAAGGAUUAAAAAGGACUUUAAAGACGGACUUUAGACUUUAAACUGCAACCAUCGAUCUGAUCAGACUUCAAGAAAUUAAGGUAACGAGCGGGUUUCAUGUGGUUCAAAAGGUGGUUUCGGUGACACUUUCGGUCAGCAGGUAUGAGUCAACCGGCCCGUUCGAACCGGGGACACCGGGAGAGGAACGGAGGGCAGCGGCCGCCGACCCGCGACGACAGGCGGACUCGUCCCGACAGCUCGUCCUCUCCACCCCCUUCCUACUCCAGAGACGCAGCCCCCCGUCCCCCAGGAGAGGACUCUAAAUGUACCAACGUGUGCUCCAGGAGAGGCAUCGUGUUGAUCUGCGCCGUCCUGACCAACGCCCUGGUCCUGAUCUGCGUGGUGGCGGCUCAGAUGGUGGUGUCGGGCCUGUCGGGUACCACCAGCUUCGACAUCAACAGCAACUUCAACCUGGAGGGCACGCAGCUGCAGCAGGCGCGGGACCUGGACAUGCAGUACAGCCAGAUGAGGGCGCCGGGCGUCUACGGGGGCGUGGCCUGGAGCCUGGUCUUCGGCGUGGUCUCGCUGCUGUUCGUCGUGGCCGGGACCAAGCCCGCCCACCGGAUGUCCCGGAGGCUGCUGGUGGGGCAGCUGGCGUUCCAGGCGGCGGGCGCCCCGGCCUACGUGGUGGCGGUGGGCCUCUACCUGCACUUCGUGACCACGGUCAACUCCACGGACGUGUGCAAGCGGCGCGCGGUCAUCUACGCGGGCCGAGGCUACACCUGGAUGAACUGCGACGUGAGCGGGGCCGACGCCGCCGUGGCCCUGUUCGGCCUCUUCACCGCCAUCCUGUACGUGGCCGGCGCCGCGCUCACCUUCCAGACCAUCAGAGGGGUGAGGCGCUACCUGCAGGAGAAGCAGAGGCAGGAGGAGGCCCGGGGCCAGGCCCAGAGAGGCCCGCAGAGGCCCGACACCACCUACCUGUGAGUCCUAAAACCUGGACCACGUGGGACUCGGACUCUGCGGUUUCCUUUUAAAAGUCAAAAACAAAAUUUUUAUCUUUAGUGGCUUCAAAACCUCAGAAAUCUGCCUUUUUGUACAAAUUUUUUUAAACAUAUUUCCUUCCAACUUUUUUUUUAAUUUGCUGCCUUUUUUGAUUUAUUAAAACCAAAACUGAGAUUCUUCUGUAAAUAAACUGCUUUGAAACUUUAAUGUUAAUUAUGAGCUCAGUAAUUAAAUCAAGUGAUUUAUUUUUA